CCAUGGUACCUUUGAUACCACUGAACUUGCCCUUUAUUUUAGUUUAGUCUCAAAAUAUAAGAACUUGUCUACAUUUUUAAGGUGAAUUAAGACUCAACCCAAGCCUAGCAACUAUAGUUACUAUUUAAAUACUUAACUUAUGGCCUAUAAGUUUCCUAUAUUAAAAGAAAAUAUAUAUACAUAUAAGUAUUAUCAAAGGUAAGUACUAUUUUUCUGACAACCAUCAUUUGGGUGCUUGGAUUCCAGCUAUGCUGUAGUGCUGUCUGUAGCGUAAUUUGAUUAUUUUAUAGACUGAUAACGGGGUAAUCGGGGGUGCUUUAGUGGUGUUAGUGAUAUCAGUCGGAGUGGGUCGUGCGGAGUGGCAUGCUUGGAAUCGGAAUCGGGGAAUGAAUGGCAAAAGCCCGUCAUUUGGCCGGAUUCCGCCAUUUUGGGCCCGCCGCCGCCCGACCCCAAUCUAUAUUGAUUAAGGGGCCGUGCACGACCUUUCGAUUGUUUUUGCCGAUUAGCAAAGGGGUGUGUGAUGGUAGGUUGUAUUGGCCAAAAAAACAAUUAUUGGCCCAAUACAACAUGGCAAUUGAAGGAUGAUAACGCCAGAUGGGGACUGAGGACUCAUCAAUUAUCUCUAUUAUGGGCCACACGCAACGUCGAUCGAUAGUUGUCAUUUAUAAAUAUAAAAAAGUAAUUGGCCUGCGGACGGGAAUUUAAUUUUGGGUCGAAUAAUAAUCUGGUAAUUAACCGAUUUAAGCUUCCAACAGUUUUGCCUGUUUUUGAGCUGCAAAGUAUGCUAUGCAUUUAGUGUCACUUUAUCAAGUUGACAGGCCUUCGCAUGAAUGAGUGUUGCAAAGUAUCCGGAGCAUGUUGUUUAUCAGCACUCAUUGUUGGAGAGUAUUUUCAACACUGAAGUCGAACGCUGCCCGCCAGAUUUUUGAAUUGAUAAUAAUAAUGAUAAAGUAUAAAAGAAAAAAAAUAUAUAUACAAAGGGAAAAAAGCCCAUCUUGGGUUUCUUCUACCAAAUCAGUUCAAACUCAACUUUCAUAAUGCAAACAUUGUUAAACUUACGAAGGUUCUUUUUUAAAAAGCAGUUGUAGUAGAUAUAUCAAAGAGCCCAUUGAAUUCAAUGUCAAGCUGCACUUUUUUCAUUGCCACCAUUACACACCUACGACAUGGACGGAUUCUCGAAGAUGACCAAAGAGCUGCAGAAAAAGGAAGAGAAGCAACCGGACGUCGGCAUCGAGGUGAAGGCAGAAGCGACCUGCAACACAGAGGGUGUCCAAAUGCAGAACACUGAAGAGAAGACUUCAGCGGAUGACAAGGUUUCCGGAAAGCUAUUAGGUAAGCGUGCCGGCAAGCCCAGUCCCACCGAUAUCGAGCAGGAUCUAAAGAAGAAGAAGAUGGAGAGCAAGGCCCAGGACGUGGCUAAAGCAGGUUCUUCGAAGGGAGAAGGGAAGGCGUCCAAGAAAAAGAAGAAGCAGGAGCAGGAGGUAUUCAAUGUUCCCCAGACACCACCAAGGGCCAAUGAUGGCCCUGCACCUACCACGCCAGAGGGAAGACAACAGCCCCCGCCAAUAAAUCCAAUCUAUACUCCAGCCAGGCCCAAGACCAAAUCCAGACUAAUCAAAGAUGAGCCCUUGCUGGAAGAUUCUACAAAACUGGAUUAAGCUUCAAGAAUUUACAUAUAUUAUUUAAAAAUAAUAAGAAAAAUAACAAAGCACUAGCUAUCUAUCUUUGGAUUGUUCUUUUGCUGAGCUCUGUCAAAUAGCGGCAGAAGGAUGGAAGAAGUCAAUUCUGACAUCAAACUGAAUAUACAUAUGUAUAUAUGCUUUUUAUCAGCUUUCAUCAUCAGUCGAUUAGCCGUUUUCAAUUUUAUCAAAAUUUUUGGCGUGCCGAGGUCUGUUUCCUUUCUUGUUUGUGUUGACAACUAAAUGUUUACCUACAACAUUUUACAACUUUAAGGUUAUACACCAUUUUUUAGUUAGAUCUUCUACUAUACUAACACACCUAUGCAACCAUUUGAAUAAACUAAAUAAUCAGGGGAUUAAUUUAGCUUUCAGACUACAAAAAAAAAAAAACUAAGACAAUUCUAUGAUUUGCUUAGCAUUAUUCAUAUUACACUUCAAUGAAGCUUAUCAACUUUACAAUGUACAAUCUACUGGCUUUCUGUGUCAUAUGGUAAAGAAUUCUUCGAUAAAGCCACAACCUUCUAGGUUAAGCACUCUCCUUCGGUAUUCCCUGGUAUUCAGUUUCCCUUGCAAAAUGUUAGAUAGGUGCGCCUGACAGCCUGACAGAGGAUAGCCUGUAAUUGAAGUUUGAUAAUUAAUCCAUUUGGUAAAACAUUGGAAAUGCCUCAAAAAGCCAAAAUUACAUAUACCUUCGGGUAACUUCAACAUUCGGGGGCAUUAGGUAAUGGUUCCCGCUCACUGGUUACCCUUUCGCAAGGCUGUGACUCCUCACGCAGGUGUCCGUAACCGCAUGGCGUAGUUUUCUUGCUGCUUGGAUCGCCUUCGUCACGCAUCCCUUGAAGGAUUCCACGCUCUACAUAAGCUAAGCUUCCAGUUCCAUUUACACACACACACACACAGUC